CGCGCCGCGCCCCCGCGCCAGCAGCUCCGGUGGCCGCAGGACCAGCGGCGGGCCGGCGACCCUCGCCACAUCUUCGCGUCUAGAGCCGCCUGCCGCGCGCGCCGCCUCCCGCAUCCCAUCAUGUCGGUGGCAGGGCUGAAGAAGCAGUUCCACAAAGCCACUCAGAAAGUGAGUGAGAAGGUUGGAGGAGCUGAAGGCACCAAGCUAGAUGAUGACUUCAAGGAAAUGGAACGGAAAGUGGAUGUCACCAGCAGGGCUGUGAUGGAAAUAAUGACUAAAACAAUUGAAUAUCUUCAACCCAAUCCUGCGUCCAGAGCGAAGCUCAGCAUGAUCAACACAAUGUCAAAAAUCCGUGGCCAGGAGAAGGGGCCAGGCUACCCUCAGGCAGAAGCACUGUUGGCAGAGGCCAUGCUCAAGUUCGGCAGGGAGCUGGGCGAUGAUUGCAACUUUGGUCCAGCUCUUGGUGAGGUAGGAGAAGCCAUGAGGGAGCUCUCAGAGGUGAAGGACUCCUUGGACAUGGAAGUGAAGCAGAACUUCAUCGACCCCCUCCAGAAUCUUCAUGACAAGGAUCUGAGGGAGAUCCAGCAUCACCUGAAAAAGCUGGAAGGCCGGCGCUUGGACUUUGAUUAUAAGAAGAAACGACAAGGCAAGAUUCCAGAUGAAGAACUUCGCCAAGCACUGGAGAAAUUCGAUGAAUCUAAAGAAAUCGCAGAGUCGAGCAUGUUCAAUCUCUUGGAGAUGGAUAUUGAACAGGUGAGCCAGCUCUCUGCACUUGUGCAAGCCCAACUGGAAUACCACAAACAGGCAGUGCAGAUCCUGCAGCAAGUCACUGUCAGGCUGGAGGAAAGAAUAAGACAAGCUUCAUCUCAGCCAAGAAGGGAAUAUCAGCCAAAACCACGAAUGAGCCUAGAGUUUGCCACUGGAGACAGUACUCAGCCCAACGGGGGUCUCUCCCACACAGGCACACCCAAGCCUGGAGGUGCCCAAAUGGACCAGCCCUGCUGCCGUGCCCUGUAUGACUUUGAACCUGAAAAUGAAGGGGAACUGGGUUUUAAAGAGGGUGAUAUCAUCACACUCACUAAUCAAAUUGAUGAGAACUGGUAUGAGGGGAUGCUUCAUGGCCAGUCUGGCUUUUUCCCCAUCAACUAUGUAGAAAUUCUGGUUGCUCUGCCCCAUUAGGAUCUUAUGCUGGCUGGCUCACCUCCUUCUGACUCAGAUAGUUAAGUUUAACCACUGCUUUGGUAAUGCUGCUUCCAACACAUCAUGAAUGCAGGCCGCAGUGGAUGAGUCAUCAAGCCCACACAUGUCCUGGGUUGACCUGUGUGCUCCUACAGUUGACCCGGUGAUAGACGGUAUCUUCCAAGGCCAGUGGCCUGGCACAUGCUUUAAAACUUCAUCUGAGACUAGCCAGCGGUCACAGAACUGCUCUUCACACAGUUCUCAGGAGGGUGUGUUUUCUGAAAAUGUAUCUGUGAGCCACAUCACAGAAAAACUCUCCUCAUUGAAGAUAUUGUCUCUCACCCAGGGGCCAUCUCAAGGUCUCGAGUUCUCCAUGUACAGAGGAGAAAGUCCUUUCUGUUGCACUUUCCCUUCCUAAAUGUGUGAGUCACAGAAUUGAUGUGAAGCAUCCCCCACCAGCAAAUCGUCUGCUGGCCUAAGCAACCUGGGCAUUUGAUGCCGGCAGCAGAAGUAUUAAUUGCCCAAAGCACUUACUUUUGUUCUCAUCUAUCUAUCUAUCUAUCUAUCUAUCUAUCUAUCUAUCUAUCUAUCUAUCAUCUAUCUAUCCAUUCAUCCAUCUAGCUAUCUCUUCAUCCAUCUAUCUUCUAUCAUCUAUCUAUCCAUCUAUCAUUUAUCUCCUACCUCUGAGACAUGCUAGUUUUCUUCCCUCCCUGCUGUUAAAGCACUAGGGAUCUAUCUUCUGUCUGUCUACCGUCUAUCUAUCUAUCUAUCUAUCUAUCUAUCUAUCUAUCUAUCUAUCAUAUAUCUUCUACUUCUGAGACAUGCCAGUUUUCUUCCCUCCCUGCUAUUAAAGCACUAGGGAGGCAGGGUUCCCAUUUAUUUCUGAGUGAGUUGGUGAGCAUUCUGUGUAUUGUCUGAAAAGAGAAAAUUCUCCAGGAUGAAUUGGGAAGAAUCUAAUCUCCAAGCUCAGAUUCCUUGCUGUAUAGAAGCUGUGUAUAUACGUAGCCCAUUUCUGAAGGAUACAGAAAGGGGGAACAGCUGUCUUCCCUUCUCUGUUUAUUUACCCAGGAAUCAGUCCAUUUCCUGAGUCCCUUUGCCACAAAGACAUAGGAGAGAAACACUAGUAAGCAUUCCCCACAUCUCCAUAGAACAAGACAUAGUGACCGUCGCUCCUGCUCCCUCCCACUUUUAUCUUGUUUGUGUUCCUUGAACAUCAUUUGUGUAUAUUCUGCCCUCAAUGAGGACCAAAUAAAGAUGAUUUUUGUGCUUAGCAGUUUAAGUAUGUGGCUGCACAUAAACCCUUUCUAACUUACAGUCAUUACUUUAACCCUUCUAUCACAUCUUCAUUUUGUGUGUACAGUGCUGUGCAAGCUGAUCAGUGUUGUUUUUUUGUUUUGUUUUCUCUGGCUCUUUUCCCUUUCAGUCAUGGAAGUCCUGUUAGGCACCCAGAGUUAUAUUUAUCUAGCUGUACAGGCUAUUUCAGAGGUUUAAUGUGCUGCUUCCGGAAUGCCACUUGCAGUAGUGGAUCACGUGGAGUGAAAGGCAAAUCUUCCUGCUUAAUGUAUAAACUCACCAUGGGAAGCGUUGCUGUUUCCAAUAAAUAUUGCUGAAGACGAAA